AUGGCGAACAACGCGUACACAGAGCCGGACAAGAAGGACUGGUACGACCUCGGGUCUGACUGGAACAGCAGCUAUCCCUUCGGCUGGCAGCCCGAGGACGAUGGUUUCCGUGGACACGUCUUCGCGACCGCGGACAAUUCCACCGUCGUCGUCUCCGUCAAGGGCACGUCCAUCGUAUGGCCCAUCGGCGGCGGAGGCCCAACGCAGGCCAAGGACAAGCUGAACGACAACCUAUUGUUUUCGUGCUGCUGUGCACGCAUCGACUGGACCUGGAGCACCGUUUGCGAUUGCUACGAGAAGAGCCAGCAGGGGAACAAGUGCGACCAAGGAUGCUUAGAGCAGAGCUUGGCCGAGGAUAGUCUCUUUUACUCAAUCGGUAUUAAUCUGUACAAUAACAUCACGUAUAUGUAUCCAAACGCUAACAUUUGGUUAAUCGGGCAUUCUCUCGGCGGUGGACUCGCAUCUCUCGUUGGCAUCACCUUCGGCGUACCCGUAGUGGCAUUUGAGGCUCCGGCUGAGAAGCUGGCAGCGACCCGUCUUCAUCUCCCUUCUCCCCCGUCCACGCGACAUGUCACCCACGUAUACAACACGGGCGAUCCCAUCCCGAUGGGCACUUGCACCGGUAGCGCCUCGACAUGCUACACCGCAGGCGUUGCGCUCGAGACGCGCUGCCACUUAGGCCAGACUGUCCUUUACGACACCGUCACGAAGCUCGGAUGGAGCGUGAACGUCAUUCAUCAUGGGAUUGUCGCACUCAUCGAAGGCGUUCUGGCGAAGGAGGAUUUGGUGUGGGGCGAGAACGGGGAGAAGGUUCCGCCCAUCACCAACGAGGAUGACUGCACGGACUGCUUCAAGUGGGAGUUUGGGAACUACCGUAAUCUAACGACCACGAGCAGCUCGAGCUGUGGUAUGCGCGGCUGGUGA